AGCAGACAAAAGGCGAGGUAGCCUGGCUCAGUUCAAGCCUCCACGCGAAGACCAGGGAGCCAGUCAUCUCGUUGCUAGCUCGGUUCAGCAAAGAAGUGAAGAUGGCCAAAGUCCCUGACCUCUUUGAAGACCUGAAGAACUGUUACAGUGAAAAUGAAGACUACAGUUCUGAAAUUGAUCACCUCUCUCUGAAUCAGAAGUCCUUCUAUGAUGCAAGCUAUGAGCCACUUCGUGGGGACCACAUGAAUAAGUUUAUGUCCCUGGAUACCUCGAAAACCUCUAAGACAUCCAAGCUUAGCUUCAAGGAGAAUGUGGUGAUGGUGGCAGCCAAUGGGAAGAUUCUGAAGAAGAGACGGUUGAGUUUAAAUCAGUUCAUCACCGAUGAUGACCUGGAAGCCAUUGCCAAUAAUACAGAAGAAGAAAUCAUCAGGCCCAGAUCAGCACAUUACAGCUUCCAGAGUAACGUGAAAUACAACUUCAUGAGAGUCAUCCACGAGGAAUGCAUCCUGAACGACGCCCUCAAUCAAAGUAUAAUUCGAGAUAUGUCAGGUCCAUACCUCACGGCUGCUACAUUAAAUAAUCUGGAUGAAGCAGUGAAAUUUGACAUUGUUGCUUAUGUAUCAGAAGAGGAUUCUCAGCUUCCUGUGACUCUAAGAAUCUCAAAAACUCAACUGUUUGUGAGUGCUCAAAAUGAAGACGAACCUGUCUUGCUAAAGGAGAUGCCUGAGACACCCAAAAUCAUCAAAGAUGAGACCAAUCUCCUCUUCUUCUGGGAAAAGCAUGGCUCUAUGGACUACUUCAAAUCAGUUGCCCAUCCAAAGUUGUUUAUUGCCACAAAGCAAGAAAAGCUGGUGCACAUGGCAAGCGGGCCACCCUCGAUCACUGACUUUCAGAUAUUGGAAAAAUAGCCUUGAUUGUGCACUCUACUUACUUGUAAAGUGGUGACCAUCCGUAUGUACUAUGUACAUGAAGGAGUCGAAUCCUUCACUGUUAGUCACUUGCUGAGCAUGUGCUGAGCCUUUGUAAUUCUAAAUGAAUGUUUACUCUCUUUGUAAGAGAGAACACAAAGUCCAGUAGAACCAACACUAACAUAUAAUGUUGCUUGUUAUUUAAAGAACACCCUAUACUUUGCAAACUACCAAACAAUUUAAUUAUUAUUCUGCACAAUAAUCUUGGGAAGACUGAGGCUACUAUCUGUGGCUACAAAAGUUUCUUUCCACAUUAUAGAUGAGUAAACUAAGGCAUAAGAAUAUUAAUACCCAUGACAGCAGUUGAAAUAAGCCAUGGACACACAAUUUCAUUCCAACUGCUCAGCUUCUACUUUUAAGCCGCUGAUGGGCCCUUUAUCAAAUACUGUAAGUUUCUGGGGGUCUCAGUUUGACCAUCUUCAAAAUCAAGGUAAUGAUGACUAUAGUCCUCCUACCUCAAUAGUAUUUUAAUGCCAAUGAGUUCAUUUAAGUAAAACUUUUCUUGAAGCUGAGCCUCAAGAAGAAUUCAAAGUAUGAAAUGUUGUUUUAAGUUAUUAUUUAUAUAUGCAUAUAUAUUUAUAACCAUUAUUUCUAAGAUAUUAUUAUUAUUUCUAACAUAUUAUUAUAUUUAUGGCGAUUAUAUUUAUAUUUAUGGCAAUCCUUGCAAUCUCUGAGUAUGACCAGGUAUCUUCAAUAAUAGUAGACAGUGUUUUCCAGGCUGAGUGAGUUUGAGGUACUAAUGCACUUUGGUUCAAGUUGUGCCUUUUCCAUUGUCAUGAACUUCUGCAUUCCAGUACCUGGGAGCCCUGUGAUUAUGAUAAUAAAUUUAUAUUAAUUACUUUGUUUGUCUGAGAUGGUAAUUGGCCAAAAUCUUUCACUCCUCUGCCUUUAAACUUGAUUUGGCAUUCUUGUGUUAUUCAGUUUCAUCUGCUAUCGAAUCCUACUAGCUAAAAUGGGAUGAACUUAACUUUGGCAACCAUGAAACAAGCAUUAUCUAAACUUUUUAUUCUGGAACAUAAGCAAUGUUCCUGCUAGGUUCCAAAAGUUCGGAUCCCAUCAUAGCAUUAUAUUAUCAUCAACAAUGAGAACUGACACAUUAUUAUCAAUCAUAAUUGAAUAAAGCUUAAAAAAACAAAUCUGGCACAUUUUAACCAUUAGUUUACUUCAUGGUAUAAUUAGGAACAGAUGAUAAGAGUUCAUAAAAAUAACUAUAAUUAGUGUCAUUUUUCAGAACUAAACCCAGAUUUUAUGCUUUUUCUCUCCUCUUUGUUAACGUCUCAGUAUGCAUAAAUGGCAUUAGGAAUGAUAAUAUUCCCUGGUUCAUUUA